AUGAUUAUUCCGAUCAGGUGCUUCUCUUGUGGAAAGGUCAUUGCUGACCUCUGGGACCGUUACCUCGCACUACUAGAUGAUGGAAGUCCUGAUGGAGAUGCCAUGGAUCAGCUUGGUCUGAACCGGUAUUGUUGCAGGCGCAUGGUCAUGACCCAUGUUGAUCUCAUUGAAAAGCUCCUCAAAUACAAUCCCGCGGAUACCUUUAACCCGCGACGACAAGAAGCAAGCAAACGAGCUCAAGGCCAAUGA